UUGAGGAUGAGCAACUGGCUUCCACUGAAGAGGGAGGCCACUGAGUAUUCAUCACAGUAUAUUCAGAAGGAUGUGAUGCCUCUGGUGGAGAAAGUGUAUGCCCCAGAAACACUAUCUGUGUGCAAUUGUCAAGACCUGGGUCACAACAAACAGCCUCCAGUGCUGCUGGAUAUGAACAGUUCUGCAAGGUACCUGGAUCCAUAUGUAAGCACAACACACUUCACAAAUGCAAAAUUCUCAGAUGAUCAGAUACAUGGAAUUGCCAGAAAUGAUGCUGUAACAUUCUACACGAUGGACCAGAUACCACAGCUGAGCAUACACACACAACCACUCUAUGAUUCAGUUAUAUUUAAGAAUAAGAUAUCCAACAGGACUCUGCCCCAGAUGGUCUGUCGGGUACCACACAAAGGACUGGAGAGUGAGAUGCAAGCCAAGUUCGUACAUCCCUACCAACACAAAUUCUCUAGCAAGAUGUGGGAAUGAGCAGGAUACUCAAUUUCCAUACCAUCUCACUGCCCUGCCUACAACACAUACUGCACUGAGAACUGCCAUACUAGCAAAGGCCAGCCUCUACAGAAGUUUGUCAACUCAGGCAUGUCCUAUUUGUAAAACUGAAAGAACUGUCUUCUAAUACAUGUAAACCACAGUAUGUUGUAGGUAGUCUGAGACUAUGGAGUGCUUAGAAACUGUGAAAUAAAUUUCAAUAGGAUCAACAUAUUUUGCAGGAAAACAGCAUGGAAUAUUCAGGAUAUGCCAUUGUGAUUUUAUUUUUCAGGAAAUGCCCUUGUGAUUUUAUUAAGUUCUCAGUGGGCUACAGGUCAAGGUGACAGUAUAUUUGUGAGCUGGGAUAGCUCAGUCAAUAAAGUGACUAGCUAUAACCUUGAUGAUCAGAUUUCAGUCUUUGACAGGGGCAGAACUAUCUCUCACCACCACAUCCAGACCAACUCUGGAAUCACCCAGCCUCAUAUCCAAUGGAGACAGUAAGGCAGUCAGAGCAUGAAUUUGAUCACUCACUUCCAUCCAUCUAAAGCAGAACUUCGGAAUGGGUGUAGUUCUACUUCCACUCUCCCAGUUUGUUCCCAGUGCAUUGUUCUUAAGCAUAAGGCAAC